AUGGAAGUAAGAUGUUUUAUCGAAAAGGGAGGAUACACAUCAGAACCGUAUUUUGGUCGUGUUGAAAUCAAAGUCAAAAAAAUCUCAUUUGUCAGUGGCGGAAUGAUAGUAUUGAAAUGGAAAGACACCAUGUUUAAUAUCUUUGGGAAUGCCGGGGAGCUUCGAGCGAAGGAUGAAACAAAUUCCUUAGAGCCACCCCAAAUCCCAUUUAAUGAAUAUGUCCAAUUUGUUCAAGACCAAAUCAUGAGUUUCCCAAUCCCGACAUUGGAUUCUCCGAUGAACAAAGAGUUGUGUCCCGGUCUACAUAUCUUCCCGUUCUGUAUAACAUUACCAGAAGAUCUUUCCCCUGAUAUUAGUUUGUUUGACGGAGCAAUGAAACAUAUGUACAUCCUUCUCGUGUCUUUAGUCACUCCAACGGGAUUUAUCUUGAGCGAAGAGAUCGAGUGUCCCGUCAUCUUCAAUUCAAUGGAAAUACCUCCAUCGUUACCAACUUCAAGUUCAAGGAUAGUGGGGAUGACUAAAGUCACGCUGUCCCUCGACAAACAAAACUUCCAAGUUGGAGAAACAGUCCACUUUCAUGUCAGUUUUAAGAGCUUAAGACUCGAGGGAAUACCUGAGAUGUCCGCAAGUAUUAUUGGAGUGCACUCAAUUUAUUACCAAACACAACACGUCGACGUCGCAACAUUGAGUCUUGAACCAUCGCAACUGGACGAUGAGUUGGAGUUGACCCUUGACAUCCCUAAAACAGCCGCACCCACUCUAAUCACUCAGAACUUCAUGUACAAACACUUUAUUUGUAUUAUGAUGGUAUCAAAAUCUAAGAAGAAAGAAGCCGCGUUCUUCCCAAUAACUAUCUACGGCAAAAAACCGGCAAAUUUGUCCGAUUGCCAGAACCUCGUAAACAGAUACAAAAACGAGGAGGUCACGUUCUCUAAAACACCACAACUCAAUAUUAAGAGCGAGAAUUGUAUUGAGACUGUUAAAACAUCGACAGGCGAUGUUAUAUAUUUGGAUCAUCUCAAAAGGGUCGUUUACGCAGACAAAGCAUUCACUAAGUCGUCUAUGAUAUACCCAUUUGUGGACUCCGAGACUCUACCUGAGGGGCUGAGCUAUGGACUGGAAAAGAACAAAAGAGUCAUUGUUGAUCACACUAAAGGGUUGGUGUUUUAUGAACAUCAAUUUCCAUUGCCUGUAGAGUCACAGGCACAAAUAAACGACUUUACUGAUCCUGUCGUGUCGAUCUAUGUAUUGGAAUCGUUUGGACUCAAAGUGAAAGACCAGAAGAGCUUAAACACGAUUUAUUGUGGGGUCUGUGAUGACAAAUUUCAAUUAAUGAAGUCAAAAGAGUGCAAAGAAAUCGAUCAGAUGUAUACAAAAGCGUGUUUCGUGUUUAAUGCCGGGGUGUUUAGAAGGAACGUCAAUGUGUAUUUCUUUGAAAAGAAAUCCCUGAAGAAAGACCACGUGUUGGGCCACAUCGAGUUUGAUUUGACCAAAAUAAAAUUUAACACCAAUUUUGAAACUUGGAUGCCACUACGAGGAUCACCGGAUGGGAAUGAAACUGUUUGUGGAAUAGCUCAUGUCAAAUUUGCGUAUCAGAGUUAUCGAAGGGAAAUAACGGAGUCUUGGAAUUAUUUUGACCAGAUCUGGGCCCACUCCAUUGAUGCGUACUUCCCACACACAGAGAAGAUGUUGAAAAAGAUUCGAGAACAAAACAUAUUGAGAGGGGCGAUGAUGGUGCAGGCUGUCUAUGACAUCUUUGGCGACAACAUAAUCAGACAAAAAGACUACUCACUCGAUUUCUAA